AUGGCGAACAAGAAAAUCGGGAAGGUUAUCAGACAAGGGGAGCGUCGCUCAGCGAGAUAUGCCGCUCGACAGGCUAGUGAAACAGGUAAUCCCACUCUUCCUGUAGUAGUCGAGGAACCAGUGACCAUGGAUGCAGGUCGAGAACAGGAAACUAGAAAUACGGAGCAUGCACUCCCAGAUGAGGCAGAGAAAUCAGACCCUGAAGUGAUUCCGCUGCAGACAAAGAGGAGAAAAACAAAAUCAAGCAAAGAUAAGGAUACACUGCCACAACUCCUGGAACAAUCGAUACCUGGUUCAAGUGAGCAUGCUCGGUCUAAUUCUGAGAAGGAUCUGACAACUGAGCAUGUUGAAGUGAGAACAUCUCAGGAAGGACCGUUAGUUGAAGAAAAAGAACCCGAUGGCGAAAAUGUUCGGUCUGACAACUCUCUGGAUUUCGAUAUUCAGACUCAGGGGGAUAAACAAGCUGAAACUGGAGAAGUACAAGAACAUUUGGAUGAUGACGUCAUUGAACAGGAUGGAGUGAGCGAUGACCGAACCAUUACUGAAGCCUUAGAUGGAAUGUCAAAGGAAGACGAUGCGGAUACAGUAAUGGAGACUCAAUCCCGAGCCCCAGAAGUCUCUGUUCAAGUAAGUUCCGACAACUCAGAUAGUCCUUUGAUUGUUAUGCAACAAAAGGCUAGGUCAAGAGCAAACGUGAAACAGAAUAAGACUUCGAAAGGAAAGAAGAAGGUUUCACAAGGUUCCAAAAGAGCAAAGAUGCACAGAAAAACAAAGAAGGGGAACUCAGAAGGACCAUCUGAAUCAAGUAUACCGAGUAAUGAAACAGGGGUUAGGAGUGUCAAACCACUGUCUGAGAAAUUCUUGUCUGCUGAGACCAAGAAGAGAUUCGAAAAAUUCAAGGGAGUGGAAGUACUUGCAGAAAGGAAUGUGAAUGUCAUGGAUUUUCGGAAGAAUCACGUCUGGGAUCUAUUUGCAGAACGACAGCUCACAGGAACACUAACGUAUGCAUGCUCAUUCAGUAAAGGGUUGGUAAGAGAAUUCUAUGCCAAUCUAACACCUAGCACCGAUAUCCCUGGUGAUUUCAUGCAUUACAAGGCGUUUGUGAGAGGAAGAUUCAUUGAAUUCUCUCCCACCAUCAUCAACAAACUGUUGGGCACACCUGAUGACUCAACUCAGGGAUUGGAAGACCUUCCAGAGGGAACUACACUUGAGGAUUUGGAAGUGGCUCUGACUGGAGAAUAUGUUGCUGAUAGAAGUGGGAAGCUCCCUAUUGCUGGUCUUAAGUUUGAAAGUAGAGUAAUGCAUCUGAUUGGAAAGACGAACUGGUUACCUACUCGAAGAACUGAUGUUCUACAGGACGAAUUAGCCCUACUGAUAUUCAAGUUGCUGAGGAAAGAAGAUGUGAAUCUGGGAAGGAUUAUCUAUAGUCACAUCCUCUCAAGGGCUGCUGACAUGAGAGUGCGCUAUUUGCUACCCCAUCCGUGCCUAAUUCAGAACAUCAUUGUGCGACAAAGUCCAGAAAUUCUAGCAGAUUCUGAGAUUACUGAGGUGAUUCAGCGGCCAUUGGUCAUUGAGUCUAGAGUUCUACAAGCAAAGAUGAGUCGGGCACAACUAUGCAGCAAGACCUUCACUCUUCUUCUGAAACAUGACAAGCAACUUAUUCAAGUUGAGAAGCUGCAAAGGCAGGUUACCAAAGUUGUGGCUCAGAUUCGUGCGCGUCAACAUGCUCUUUGGACAGAGUUUCAGAGGGGAGAAAGUGAAGGAGUUCCCUCAUCGAGUACUCCAGACAAAGGAAAAGAGAAUAUAGUUGAGGACUUGAUGAGUGACUCUGGUAAUGAAGAGGAUGCUGAUACAACAGAAGAUCUAUCUGAGUGA